AUGCCGGACGGAAAUGACGUUGCUGAGCUGAUUGACGUGCAGACGAUCAUGAUGGACCUGGAGGAUGAGGACGAGGAGGAGGAAGAGGACGGGGAAGAGGAGGAGGAAGAGGAGGAAAAGCACCAGCAGCCGCAGUCGCAGCAGCAGGCGCAGAAUCUGCAGCAGCACGAGGAGCAGGAGGAGCAGCAACAAGAACUGGAGGAGCAAACAGAUCAACCCGAAUACAGGACUGACGAGGCAUCGGAGGCUGAGCAGGGAAAUGCUCAACAGAGAAAACCUUCAGGUGCUGCUCAGUCUGGGGAUCAUCCUUCACUGACGGCGACUGACCCCUACGCUGGCGCUUCCGAAGUCGAAGCUACGAGCAGGUCCACAUCUGUAGACCGUGGUGCUUCUAGUGUGGCCGAGGGAGCGGUAACGAGUGUACAUUCCGGGAGAAUUGACGAUAAGGAGGUGGAGGACGUGUUGAGAAUGCUGGAGGAGGAGGCCGGAGUCAUAGCAGCGGAUGCGCCGGCUGGUGAGCAUGUGGGACCAACGGAGAGCAAAGUGGGGGAGUUGGGGAGCAGUGGGCAGGCAGAGGAGGGGAGAGACAGCAGCAAAGAGCCGGCAGGAGUGGGGGAAUGGGGAGGGCUUGACUCCAUGUUUGACCCGGAUGUGCUGGCAAGCUUCGAAGAGGACUUGAGGAGGGAGUGGGAGUACAGGGUCUCCCUGGCGGAGCUGGUGGAGCAGGAGGAGGAGGAGCUGGACAGAGAGGCGCGGCAGCAGCAGGCGGAUGCGAAAGAGGUGCAGAAUGAGCAGCCGGACCAGGAGCCACGGUCACGACAGUGUGACCGGGAAGAGCAGCAUGAGCUGGUGAAGGGAGGCUUGCAGGAUACGAAAAGGGAGGGGUUGAAUGAUGAGGUAGGGGAGCAAGAGCGUAUGCAGCAGAGGAAGGACAAACAGGAGCAGGAGCAGCAGCAGGAGGAGCGACAGCUGGGGUCAGCGAGAAGAAAUCCUGCAGUUGGGUUUCCAAAGAGGACUAUAUCAGGCAUGAGCGUGACUUCAGACGGAGGUAUCAUCAUCGAUGGGUUUGAGGACUUUCUUAUGGAGGCAGAUGAAGAAGAGGCGGCUUUCCUGCAACAGCAGCAGGGUGGUUUUAAACCGGACAACGAUCAAGCCCGAGCACAGGUCCAUCAAUCUCCCAGGGUGGGAAGCGAAACAGACGAUGGGUUGGGAUGGGUGGGUGAUACGCAGGAAGUGGGAUUUGAUGAGAAUUCUCUGUUUGAUCCGGAGCUCCUUGCCACCAUGGAGGCAGUUUUCCACAGGCAUGAUCCCGCUGACUGGCGCCGCCUCACCCCUUUGUCCAGCCCCAUGCGCCAAGGACCCAACUCUCCCGCACCCAAUUCCCCUGCGCCCAACUCGCCUGGAGCUUCCCUCUUUGCUCCUGGCUCGCCUGCCGCUGCAGUCGACGCCAUGGCUGCCGCUGUGGGGAGAAUGCGAAUUCCUGCUCGGGCAGGGCAGAGUCCUCGGCGGGGCAAGCCGCCGUUGCAGAGUCCGAGGGCUCGGCUGACCAGCCCUCGGCCCCAGGCUCCUAGCCCACGCAGGUCGUUCAGCAGCAUGAGUCCUCGCAGGGGGGUGAUGGGUGAAACCGCGCGCAGGGUAUCAACGGGUGAGAUUCCUCAUGGUGCUGUGGGGAGGGACGGGCAAAGGGCGGGGAGUGUUGGAGGUUCGGGCCGGGGCUGGUUGACUCCAGGGCUGGUGAAGUCCGGGAGUGGAGGUGUGGUGGGCUUGGUCAGUAUGACUCAGGUGUCGUUGAGAGAGUCGAUGCAAGCCAAGGCAGCGUUUCUAGGGGCCAUGAGCCGAGUGCUGGGUGCUCUGCUGAGGCUGGAUCCAGAGCUGAGGGACCAGGAGCUGAAGCAGCUGAUGUGGCAAUAA